AUGACAGCCAAGCUCGAAGUAUUUUGUUGCGAUAAGAUCAGGCUCGGCAUCUUCAAGCCCGAAGACUACCGACUCGGAAUCUUCAUCUACUGGGCGAAAGCAAAUAACCUAAAGGUGACACAGGGAGUCGAGAAGCCAGGACUCGAUGUCCCAUUUUGCGUUGGGGUGCAUCGAAGACCCCACAAACCUCGACACUAUGUUCCCUCUGGCUGGGGAGAAUUUUCCGAGAUCGACCAGAGAUUGCUCAUACAGCAGUGGAUAACAGACGUCACCGGGGACGACAAUCCAACCGAGGAGCAGAAGCCCUACCGUGGGUUUGGGACCAGGGAUUGCGAGGUCCCGCCGAGCUUCACUGGUGAAGUCCACGAGCAGCGUGGAUCUGGAGAAGCGUCCUCAAGUUCGACCAAAGGCAAUACCCAGGCCACCGAGGAAGAUGAUGCCUCGACGGAUCUAUUAUCCGAAGCAGAUUCCCCAGCAGCCACAGUCUGUACGGACAACAGCUAUGAUGCUAAGAACCUAUUCUCGAUGAUUCAAACGCCAACUGGCCAAUACAUUAUCAGCUUGUUGGAGACCGCAUAUAAAAGACGGCCAUCCGCAGAGGUAUCCGACAUCCGGAACGAUAUGCUAAGAAUGCACGUGUCUCAAGAACUACGCAGGUUGUCCGUCUCUGUCAAUGAGAAUUUCUUCUUUUGGACGAGACUGUUCGCAACAGAUCAGGUAGCCAAGUGUCUUAGCCGGCGCAGAUCUUUUGAUACCCAUACCAUAGAAGGAAAAGCGAAACUUCAGGAGAUUGCUGAUGACCUCCGAGGAGUUUCUUCCCAAACCCCAGAUGAUGCCUGGAUCCAAGCUAUGGUGGAAUGUGCUAUCGCCAGAAUGAUGGAGAGGGUCCGUGCGGAAGAAGACCCCCAGGGGAAGACUGAGCAACCUGGGGAGGAAGAACCUGCAGCAGUUGACGAUGAUGAUGAAUAUGACCGCUGUAGCUUACUUACACCGGUCAAUAAUACAUCGGAUUCGGAAGUCGGGUUUUAG